GCAAACCACUGUGCAGCUGGCAACAAACGUCAAUAGUCGCGUUUGGCAGCUCAUCUGACAGGUUCUGAUGAACGUGAAAGUCGUGGUGUAAAAUUUUCAGAUUUCCUACGCUAAUUUUGCAGCGAAAAAAAUGUCCAACACAACGCAUCGGUAUCGGUAUAAAAAUGUUGGCCUGGACUCCACAGAAAUGCGGCGCCGGCGGGAGGAGGAAGGAAUCCAGUUGCGAAAGCAGAAACGCGAACAACAGCUGAUUAAGCGCCGCAACGUCAACGUGGCUGACGAGAUCGAUCAGGAAGCAAUUCUUUCGGAUGAAACGACAUCGACCGACAACCGGUCGCUCAUACAGCCGGCCGUCAUCGAGGCACUGUACAGUGAAAACGUCGAGGAACAGCUGAUCGCCACACAGAAGUUCCGCCGGUUGCUCUCCAAAGAGCCGAACCCACCGAUCGAUAUGGUGAUCAAGCACAACAUCGUGCCACGGUUGGUACAGUUUUUGGGCAACUCGCAAAACUCUACGCUACAGUUCGAAGCUGCCUGGGCACUCACAAACAUCGCUUCCGGAACGUCAGAGCAAACGAGCGUAGUGAUAGCGGCCGGCGCCGUGCCAAUCUUUGUCGAUCUUAUGAAAAGCCCCCACGAGGAUGUGCAGGAACAGGCGAUCUGGGCGCUCGGUAACAUUGCCGGCGAUUCGCCCGAGUGUCGGGACUGUGUGCUGGAUCACGACGUGCUGGAACCUUUGCUUAGCGUAUUGAGUACCUCUCGCCGGCUAACACUAACGCGCAAUGCUGUCUGGGCCCUGUCCAACAUGUGCCGGGGCAAGAACCCGCCGCCCGACUUUUCGAAAGUCGAGAAAUGCCUUCCCAUCCUUUCGCAGCUAAUGUUUCACAACGAUGUGGAGGUGCUGGGUGAUGCUGUGUGGGCCGUUAGCUACCUGUCCGAUGGUUCCAACGACAACAUCCAGGCCGUCAUCGAUGCGGGCUGCUGUCGGCGUUUGAUCGAGCUUCUAUCGCAUAACCACAACAACGUGGUGUCCGCGGCGCUCCGUGCCGUCGGCAACAUCGUCACCGGCAACGACACCCAAACGCAGCUGAUCCUGAACUGCAAUGCCUUACCCUCGAUCCUGCAGCUGCUCAGCUCGCCGAAGGAGGCGGUCCGCAAGGAAGCGUGCUGGACCAUCUCGAACAUUGCGGCCGGCAACCGGAACCAGAUCCAGGCCGCGAUCGAUGCCAACAUCUUCCCGAGCAUCAUCGAGCUGCUGCAGAAGGCCGACUUUAAAACCCGAAAAGAGGCGGCCUGGGCCAUCACGAACGCGACCAGCGGUGGUACGGUUCAGCAAAUCAAGUAUCUGGUUGACGUCGGUUGCAUACCGCCCAUGUGCGAGCUGCUGACCGUGAUGGAUCCGAAAAUAAUUACCGUCGCACUGAACGGGCUGGAAAACAUUCUGAAGGUGGGCGAAGAACAGCGAACCAAACCGAACCCGUACGCCGUCAUGAUCGAAGAAUGUUACGGUCUCGACAAGCUGGAAUUUUUACAAUCGCACCAGAACAAUGAUAUUUACGAGAAGGCAUUUAGCAUAAUCCAAAAGUACUUUAGCAACGACGACGAGGAUCUGGCGGUGGCCCCGACCACGGAUAACAAUCAGUUUCAGUUCAACGCAGACCAGUCGGUGCCAAUGGAUGGGUUCCAGUUUUAAUGUCCCUCCCCCCCCCUCCCUUUCCCACUCCGCCCCAUUCUGUCUCUCUCCCUCUCUUUGGCUCUCCCUUUCUACACGUAAAAACACGUCGGCACACAUUUCGAAGGGCGUAGAUUAACAUCCCAAAACUGGACAAGAGACCGUAGAGGUGGAGAGGUUCAGAGGAGGGACAGUGGAUGCACGUGAUGCUCCCCACAAACCAACCAGACGAAUACAAAAACACAAAAACGCCCACGGUUCACUCACACACACACACACAUAUACCUACAAAACACCUUCGAAGCUCCCAUUUUCCUUUGCAGUGUUAAAGCACUGGCGUGGGAGAGUAGUUGGUAGUUUUACAAAUUAUAAAUAUAAUCGUGUAAAGUGAAAAAAACAAACAAAACAAUUAACGUUAAAACAGACACACGCAAAGGUCGUUACACGGCAGAGAAGAUAGUAGGGAUUACGAUAGCAUACGAGGCGCGCGCUAUCCAUGAUGAUGAUGAUGAUGAUGGAAGAAGGAAGCUUAUCUAAUUUAUUGUACAUCCCCCGGCCUUAACCUUGGUGAAUCCUUCCCUCUUAGGUCCUCUUUUCCCAUGCCCACCCCGUCCCUCCCCUGUUUUUUUUUGUACAUCUGACGCUUUGCAGAGAGACCGAUCUUCCAGUUGACCGAUCGACUCCGAAGGAAACCCACAGCAACUGUGUGGGAGAGAGCCGCUAAGAACAAUAGGACACGCGCCGUCUUUCCCAACUAAAAAAGCGAUAUAAGGAAACGCUCUGCGAUAGAUGCUGUAUGCUUAAAUUUAGAUCUUUUCUUAACUUAACUAAACAUCUGCCGUCUUUUUGCCUUGCCUGCCUAACCCUUUCUUAACGCUUGUUGCGUUUUUUUUUUAUGCGAGCAAACAACGAUCCUUGUUGCAGGUGGAUGCCUGAACAACCGAUUUGCUCUCAUGCUCUAAUAAGGACACCGUUUCAAAUUUAGUUAAUUUGUGACAUUUUUAAUCCAUUAUUAAUUAGGAAAUGGGAACAACAUUCUCCGUACUCAAACUCCAAGAACUACUCUUCGCUAUAGCGAGGAAUCAAGCAGGAAUUAAAAGGCAGCGGGCCUUUUUGAAUUGGCAGUUAGUUGGCACACGCGCGGUCAAUUGCUUUUGGAGGUCUGUUUUUUUUUUAGGGACGAUUAGUAAUCGUCGUUGGGGCGCCGGUCUUCACACUGCAGGGCCGGUCGGCAGUUCAAGGGUUCAACUCCCAUCCAGACCGCCUCCCCGCACGUAGGGCUUGACUACUUUACUACGGGUAAAAUUAAGUCACAGAAAGCCAGAAAUGGCAGGCCCGAGACCUCCGAGGUUGUAAUGCCAAGGAAGAAGAAAUCGUCGAAUUUUUUGCUCCAAAUUGGGGAGAAAGAUCGAUGGUGGUAGUGUGUUUGUGUGCACGACCGGAGGCUCUUUAUACCAAAAAGAGACACUUUGGACGAAGAGGAUUCUUCGAUUUAUAAUCAUUUUUUGGUAGAUUACUCUUCAAGGAUUCUGCGCUUCUUGAGGUGCAUCAUGCAAAGCAAAGUUUUUCCUCUGAGAGGACAUGGUGAAAAUGGUGUUUGUUCAAGGAAUGUGAAUUAAUUACAACUUGCUGGAAGGGCACCAAAUCUGUUAAUCUAUUGUCCAGUUGCCCAAUGGGAACUGUAUAUGAGCAUAUGAUCUUUUGGCUUGCUAUCUUCACAACCUCAGAGGAUUGGAUGGGUACCAUGAUGAUAGGGGCAGCUUGCCAGCAUAGGUACAAGAAUCGUUAUUAACCAUUUACUCUGAUUCUGGGAGGAAAAAUAAAAGCAGAUAGCAUUUUUUCGAGGAAACAUUAAACAAAGUCAUGGAAAUCUUGAAGUUAAAAGCUGGGGAAAUUGUGCAAUUUUUGCUUUUCCUAGGCUUAGUGAUCCUCUAAUGGAAUUUGGUUGUGCCUGUCGUAUAUCGGCGCACUAGACUUAUGAAUAUCCCGUAGUAUUCAUAUUCUGGAUAGUAAGUUCUGGCUACAGAGAAACCGGAAGUCCUGUUUCAUUACCAAUUACGACGUAUUAGUAUUUGUAGACUUCUGAAGGGCUGAAAUGCGCCUGUUUUGGGGUUUCUCUAGAGAGAGCGAGAGUAGUUCUUGGAUAGCUGAGAUUCAGAGUAUAAUGUGUUUUAUGGUGUCAACUUGAUGGCCGAAAAAUCAGGAACGAUAUAUAGGACGCUCCGGAGAGGAUGGUUAGGCCGACCUCUGUCUGCUUCGUAAGCUAUUUAAGACGAUCCUUAGUACUUCCGUUUCCUCUGUCCUUUUUUCUUGCUCUUGUUGUGCUCAUCGCUGACUCAUAGAUUCCUGGGUGCCGCACAAUAGACUGCCAUCCUGGCAAAAACCAGUGAACCCGGCGGGUAUCAGUUUCCGUUUUAUAUUAGCAUCAUGAUAAAAACCAAUCGAAACUCCCUACAGGAAGGAAAAAAAAAGCAGGUGGCAGGGGCUGGUUGGAAGAUACCCACUGUUUGCACCCAACCACACCCCCGGAUGCGCGUAUAGUGUGCGUGGAUGGCUGGCGGAAAACAAAAGGAGAACAAGAGCGCAGAGAGAAAAAAAACAAAACCAAACCUAAAUUAACAAUAAACUAUUCACCAUUUAUCUCUUGGAAA